GUUAUUGGAAAUAGUUAACAUUUUGUUCUCACUUGCAACUGAUUUUUUCUCCUAAGUUAUAAUCAAAGAUAACAUUUUUGUAAUAUCUUUUCGAAGGAUGAGAGUAUUUAGGAGUAUUCUCUACCUGUUGUUUGUACACACGGUGUUUGCAAAACACUAUGACGACGGGAACCGUACACCAGAAAGUUAUGAUGAUUCAUGGAUGAACGAAAUACGGAAACCAAAGUCAGAUGAUAAAUCUAGAAAUGAACCUGAGGAAGGAACUGAGGGUGGCAGUGAGAUGCCAGAUAACCUGGAAAUGGAACGCACUCUAGUGUAUAUGCCGAUUAAAGUAUCAGAUGUGUGUGUUGAAGAAACGGAUGAGAAUGGAUCAAGGUACAGAGGAAACAUAUCUGUGACGGUAUCAGGACACACCUGCCAGAGAUGGGAUUCUCAUACACCUAAUUCUCACAGUAGAACUCAUGACAAUUACCCUCAUGCAGGACUGGAAGAGAACUAUUGCAGAAAUCCAGACAAUGAGGUAGCACCCUGGUGUUAUAAUGGUGAAGGAAGUGAUCCUCGAUGGGAGCUCUGUGAUAUACCUACAUGUGGGCUGUGUCCCUCAAGUCACCCAAAUGCCUACUUCAAUGGAAAAUACUGCUGUGCUUCUAAAAAAGAGAAAAUGUAUGCGCCACAAGGAGAAGAGUGUGAUGGAAGUCUAAUUAUAAGUUAUAGCAGUGAGUGCUGUGAAGAAGAUCAGUACAUAAUAUGCCCUUAUCUGAACUGCAAAUCUGAAGAAUUGAAAGCAGGCAAAGACGAUCUGAGCAAUAAAUGCCCUUUAACUCAUCCUAAUGUUUACUACAAUGGACAGUACUGCUGCGCUUCUAAUAGAGAGAAAUAUUAUGAACCUCAGGGAGGAAUGUGUGAUGGAAGUCUUAUAAGUUACAGUAGUAUGUGCUGUGAAGAGGAUCAGUACACCAGUUGUCCUCAAAAGCACUGUUUGCCAGUAAAUGCUGAGUCAGGAUCAGAUUUUGCAGAUGACAUGCUCGAGAAGCUAGAGAAGGAAAUCACAAAGAAGAUAAGAAAACUGAAACUUGGACAAAUUAAAAAAUAUUUACAAAGUGAUGAAUCCCUAAUAGUAUUCCAAUGGCAACUAUUGACAGACUUAAAAGAAAAGGGUCGCCCUGUAGACCUUGAAGAUGAGACAAUUUCCUGGAUUUUGAACGACCAUGAUGCACUCGAGACACUCCUCACUAGUGGGGAUGUUGAGGACAAUAAAUGGAAGGAAGCUGUUGAAAUUGUUGCAGAGAUAAUAAGGCAGGAUCAAAAUGCAAAACAGGGUCUGAAACUUCGGCUUGCCAUAGCAGUAGGUUUGACUUUCUCAACAGAUGUUUUCUCAAUGGCUCACGGGGGUUCCAUUGAUGGAAUAGCAAGGUAUCACAGUUAUGCUCAGUGGGCAGAUGAAAAACUUCUACUUGAACCAUUUUAUACUUUAAAUGCAUGGCAAAUGAGAUAUGUGGUAGGAUCAUGGGCAGAGGAUGAUGAACUGAUCUGGGCAAGAAACAACGCAUUGGAGGACUUCAGGGACCCAGACAAGAUAGGUUCUGUAACUCACAGCAUGGUAGAAUACAAUCUUUACAAUGAUGAUGGCAUCAGUGUACAAACUUCCGGCUACUACUAUGGGAAACCUGUCACUCUUGAGUGGAUACACACGAUUGGAGGAGUGUGUGGUGCAAUAUCAAAGUUUGGAGCUGGAAUGGCACAGGCAUUUGGCAUUCCUGGACUACCAGUUGGUCAGCCUGGACAUUGUGCAUUUAUUUGGCUAAAGAAUGGUACAAAUUGGUACCUUGGUAACGACAUAAGUGGUUGGGCAGAGAGCACAACCCAUUCUGGAAUACAAUAUUCAUGGAAAAGUCAGGCACCAUUCUUUCCUGUGAUGAAUGAAGCUCAACUGAAUCCUGAUGCAUAUCGUCUAUCUGAAAAGAUGAGAAUUAUAGCGGCAGCAUUUUCUGAUUCAAAAUACAGAUUCACAAUUCUUGAAGAUGCAACUACAAUCUGCCCUCAAAAUUAUGAUCUUUGGUAUGACAUGAGUGGUGCCUUAUCUGAAGGAACAGUUGAUAAGAAACUUUUGGAAAAUACACUGAGCCCUAUUUUGCUGGAGUAUGAAGAAAACAGCAGAGAGAUUAAGGAUGUCGCCAAAGGAAAAGAGGUCACUGCUAGUGAAUAUCAAAACCUUGCAUAUUAUGUGGCCAAGGAUGGAGGUGAAUGGUGUUCAGACAAUACAGUUGCUUGGGUGGAAAUAGAUCUAGGUGGUCCUUGCAGUAUAAAUGAAUUUCAGAUUCAUUGGUGGGGGACAUCCUACAGCAAUGAUUAUGACUUGCUAGCUGAAGUAGACGGAGAAUUUGUUCUGGUUAGGACUGAAGACGAUGAAAACAGAGAUGAAUCUUACUAUAAUCCUUGGGGAGUGCUUCAAGGUUGGGACAAGCUCACAUCAAAGGUACGAGUGGAUAUGAGGGAUGGCAAUAUUGACCCUUGGUACGGUAAGUAUUACUUUGGAAUUCGACAAAUGAUCAUCACAGGUGUCGAACAUGGAAAUAAAAAUGUUGUAUCAUUAAACAAGCAAAUAAAAACAAACAAGCCUAGUGCAGGGCAAGAGCUAAUAGACGGAGAUAUAAGCACAUACUGGACCAGCGAUGAGAGUUCAUCGUGGAUAAAGAUUGACCUAGAAGGCCUCUGUGUGAUAGAUCAUGUGAUAUUUGAAUGGUUAGACAACAUACAAGGUCGGCAGAAAAUACAAUAUCUGGUCGGAGGGAAAUCCAAACUGCAGAAAAAGGGUAAAUUCAACAACAUUCAUUUACCCGGGAUCGCAGGACAGCUAUCAAUUAAAUUACAGAAGUCUGUCACAUACUCUAUCCGGGAAAUAACAGCAGUUGGUUCAUGCUAUUCUGCCAGAGACAUCCUGAAAAUAAAAGUGAACAUGGGAUUUAAUAAGCCGGAUGCAUCAUAUAACUUGUACGUUAUUGGUGAUAUAUCUGGAAUCAUAGAACAAUUGGAAAUUGGAAUGUGAACUUUGUUUUUAGAAGCAACUGAGAAAAACUGUAUAAGUAUUUAAUGUUUAAGUAGCAAUAAUACUUCAAACUAAGCAUAGAUUAUAAAAGUCAGUGAAUAGGGAGGGGACAACAUCUGAAUUUAUCAAUAGCAUUUUAAAGGUUGUGUUGAUUGUAUUGAUUUGAUUUGUGUGAUCCAUAAAAAUUUACCUUAACAUUAAAACUAUUCCGUUCAAAAUAAUCGUGCUCAUUCACUGGAAAUAAACAU